CACUUCCCUUUUUUCUGCCUAUAAAUACUUCAUCCGUCACACCCACUCUGCACAAAACACCCGAAACUGUAUCGCCUACCGCAACCUCGAACUCGCCCGGGAUGAUGAUGAAGAUGACGUCGCUUCUCUCGGUGGCGGUUUUGGUGUUCUUGGCUUAUGGAGGGGCGGAGGGAAGGAACAUGAGGAGGCUGGACGCGUUGGAGUACACGGCGAUGAAUUGCCGGGCGCACAGCGCGUCGCUGACCGACUUCGGGGCCGUCGGGGACGGGCAGACGUCGAACACCAAGGCCUUCAAGGCCGCCGUCGAUCAGCUGAGCAAGUUCGCGGACGACGGCGGCGUGCAGCUGUACGUCCCCGCGGGGAAGUGGCUGACGGGGAGCUUCAGCCUCGUCAGCCACUUCACGCUCUACCUCCACCGCGAUGCCGUUCUCCUUGCUUCCCAGGACAUGACGGAGUGGCCUGCGCUCAAGCCAUUGCCCUCCUAUGGCAGAGGAAGGGAUGCAGCUGCUGGGAGGUAUCAAAGCCUCAUCUUUGGCACCAAUCUCACCGAUGUCAUCGUUACCGGGGACAACGGGACUAUUGACGGUCAGGGCGCCUUCUGGUGGCAGAAGUUCCACGGCGGCAAGCUGAAAUACACCCGCCCCUACCUGAUCGAGUUCAUGUUCUCCGAUACCAUCCAGAUCUCGAACUUGACCCUCCUCAAUUCACCAUCCUGGAAUGUUCACCCUGUCUAUAGCAGCAACAUUCUCGUGCAACGCAUCACCAUUCUCGCCCCGGUCAAGUCCCCAAACACCGACGGGAUCAAUCCAGAUUCAUGCACGAAUGUGAGGAUUGAAGACUGCUACAUAGUCUCAGGGGACGAUUGCGUCGCAGUCAAGAGCGGAUGGGAUGAAUAUGGCAUUGCUUUCGGAAUGCCGACGCAGCAACUCAUUAUCCGACGGCUCACCUGUAUCUCCCCCUACAGUGCUACCAUCGCCCUAGGCAGCGAAAUGUCUGGAGGAAUCCGAGAUGUUACUGAAGACAUUGUCGCCAUCAACACCGAAUCAGGCAUAAGAAUCAAGACCGCCGUAGGAAGAGGAGCUUAUAUCAAGGACAUCUAUGUGAAGAUGACUAUGCACACCAUGAAAUGGGCUUUCAAAAUGGACGGAGAUUACAAAUCGCAUCCUGAUAACAAAUAUGAUCCAAACGCGCUCCCAGUGAUCCAGAACAUAAACUAUAGGGACAUGGUGGCCGAAAAUGUUAGCGUCGCCGCUAGAUUCAAUGGAAUCGCAGGGGAUAAAUUCACUGGAAUCUGCAUGGCAAAUGUGACGCUUGGCAUGACUGCCAAGCACAAGAAGUACCCAUGGACCUGCACGGACGUGCAAGGGAUGACAAGUGGGGUCACGCCGCCCCCAUGCGACUCGUUGCCAGACCAGGGGCCGGAGAAAAUUUCGGCUUGCGAUUUUCCAGCUAAUAGUCUGCCUAUUGAUGAAGUACAACUAAAGCAGUGUAGUUACAGUAUGAGUUACUUCUGAGUUCUCUCAUAAACUCGUGUAAACCAAUAUCUGCUUUCUUAAUAGAAAAGCUUCCCUCUGAAUUUCGUCCC